GCUGGGCGGUGCGCCCGGGCUGCCCCAGCCGCGCGCCGCGUCGCUGUAACCGGACACCCGAGCGCUCGCCCCCCGCGCCGGCCACUUGCCAUUCACUGCGAGGUGCUGGAUCGCGCGACGCGGAGACCGGCUCCGGGUGCCGCGGCACUGCAGCGUGAGGAUUCCUUUACAAAGAAACUCCAGGACCCGGAGGGAGGAAAGCUUUUCCCCACACGCUGGCUCGGACUCACUGGAAAUUAAGCUUUUCUGGGAAAAGGACUAGAGGAGAUUGGUGGAUCCAACCCGGUAGCAAAUUGAUGACUUUGCGGCUCUGAUUGCUUCCAACCUCGGUAUUUUCUCUGGUGUAUUACCCUUCAAAUCUGAAGAAUGGCAUUCCGAGCAACAUGCAUGUUGGUUGGAGUAUUUAUUUGUACUAUCUGUGUAAAAGGAUCUUCCCAGCCCCAAGCAAGAGUUUAUUUAACAUUUGAUGAGCUUCGAGAAACCAAGACCUCUGAAUACUUCAGCCUAUCCCACCACCCUUUAGACUACAGGAUAUUACUAAUGGAUGAAGAUCAGGACCGGAUAUAUGUGGGCAGCAAAGAUCACAUUUUGUCCUUAAAUAUCAAUAAUAUAAGUCAAGAGCCUUUGAGUGUUUUCUGGCCAGCAUCUACAAUCAAAGUUGAAGAAUGCAAAAUGGCUGGCAAAGAUCCUACACAUGGCUGUGGGAAUUUUGUCCGUGUGAUUCAGACCUUCAACCGCACUCACCUGUAUGUCUGUGGGAGUGGUGCUUUCAGCCCAGUCUGUACUUACCUGAACAGAGGAAGGAGAUCAGAGGACCAAGUUUUUAUGAUUGACUCCAAGUGUGAAUCUGGAAAAGGACGAUGCUCUUUCAACCCCAAUGUGAACACAGUGUCUGUUAUGAUCAACGAGGAACUUUUCUCAGGGAUGUAUAUAGAUUUCAUGGGAACGGACGCUGCUAUUUUUCGAAGUUUAACCAAGAGGAAUGCAGUCAGAACUGAUCAACACAAUUCCAAAUGGCUAAGUGAACCUAUGUUUGUGGACGCACAUGUCAUCCCAGAUGGCACCGACCCAAAUGAUGCUAAAGUGUACUUCUUCUUCAAGGAAAAACUAACUGACAAUAACAGGAGCACAAAACAGAUUCAUUCCAUGAUUGCUAGAAUAUGUCCUAAUGACACUGGAGGACUUCGUAGCCUUGUCAACAAGUGGACCACCUUCUUAAAAGCAAGGCUCGUGUGCUCCGUCACAGAUGAAGAUGGGCCGGAAACACAUUUUGAUGAAUUAGAGGAUGUGUUUCUGCUAGAAACUGAUAAUCCAAGGACAACACUAGUAUAUGGCAUUUUUACAACAUCAAGCUCAGUUUUUAAAGGAUCAGCAGUGUGUGUUUAUCACUUAUCUGAUAUUCAGACUGUGUUCAAUGGGCCUUUUGCCCAUAAAGAAGGACCCAAUCAUCAGCUGAUUUCCUAUCAAGGUAGAAUACCAUAUCCUCGCCCUGGAACCUGCCCAGGAGGAGCAUUUACACCCAAUAUGAGAACAACCAAGGAAUUCCCAGAUGAUGUUGUCACUUUUAUUCGGAACCAUCCUCUCAUGUACAAUUCCAUCUACCCCAUCCACAGAAGGCCUUUGAUUGUCCGUAUAGGCACUGACUACAAGUACACAAAGAUAGCUGUGGACCGAGUGAAUGCUGCUGAUGGGAGAUAUCAUGUACUGUUUCUUGGGACAGAUCGGGGCACUGUGCAGAAGGUGGUGGUUCUUCCUACAAAUAAUUCUGCCAGUGGUGAGCUCAUUCUGGAGGAACUGGAAGUCUUUAAGAAUCAUGUUCCUAUAACAACAAUGAAAAUCUCAUCCAAAAAGCAACAGUUGUAUGUGAGCUCCAAUGAAGGGCUUUCCCAAGUGUCUCUGCACCGCUGCCACAUCUAUGGCACAGCCUGUGCUGACUGCUGCCUGGCCAGGGACCCUUACUGUGCCUGGGAUGGUCAUUCUUGCUCUAGAUUCUACCCAACUGGGAAACGGAGGAGCCGAAGACAAGAUGUAAGACAUGGAAAUCCACUGACUCAGUGCAGAGGAUUUAACCUGAAAGCGUAUAGAAAUGCAGCUGAAAUUGUUCAGUAUGGAGUAAAAAAUAAUACCACGUUCCUGGAGUGUGCCCCCAAGUCUCCACAGGCAUCUAUCAAGUGGUUGCUACAGAAAGACAAAGACAGGAGGAAAGAGGUUAAGCUGAAUGAGAGAAUCAUAGCCACUUCCCAAGGACUCUUGAUUCGCUCUGUUCAAGAUUCUGACCAAGGCCUGUAUCACUGCAUUGCCACUGAAAACAGCUUCAAACAGACCAUAGCCAAGAUUAACUUCAAAGUUUUAGAUUCAGAAAUGGUGGCCGUUGUGACAGACAAAUGGUCUCCGUGGACCUGGGCCAGCUCUGUGAGGGCUCUGUCCUUCCACCCCAAGGACAUCUUGGGGGCAUUCAGCCACUCAGAAAUGCAGAUGAUCAAUCAGUACUGCAAAGACACUCGACAGCAACAUCACCAGGGAGAAGAACCAAAGAAGAUGAGAGGGGACUACGGCAAGCUGAAGGCUCUCAUCAACAGCCGGAAAAGCAGAAACAGGAGGAACCAAUUGCCAGAGUCAUAAUAGUGUCUUCCAAGGGCCUGUGCCUCCCUAACAAAUGCUCUGUCCUCAGCGAUCAAAUACUGAGCAAAGAAUCUUGUACUUUUCCCAUGCGAAAUAGCUGACAAAAAGGUGAUUACUCACUCCUAAAGUGAGUUUGACAUGAACUGAAGUGAGCAUGCAUUUUUUUGUAUAAUAUUGACUAGCACUAGACAUGUCAUGGUCCUCAUGGUGCAUAUAAAUAUUUAACUUAACCCAGAUUUUAUUUAUAUCUUUAUUCAUCUUUUCUUCAAAAUCAAUGUGGUGGCUACAAAAGUAGAACUGUUACAUCCCUCGAUUGAGCGAGGGCUAUACCCUGUGAUAUUUUUCCCUGCUUUAGGGGUUUAAAUUUCUAAUCAUCAAUGGUUUUUAUAUGUGAAAACAAAUUCAAGUUCAGAACUUUCAUGUAGUAAACAUCAUGUAAAUGCAUGUGAUAGAAUGACCAUCAAAAGAAAUGUAGACUAGAUUAAUGAUAGGGAAGAGGGCAUCUAAGUAGUGUAUAAAAACAUGAAUGAUUCACAAGGAGAAAAUGAUUAGUUAAUAUGCUUCCGUAAAAUAUAGUAUUGCUUUUUUAAAAUUGUAAAAUUUGUCAGUUGCUGAUAUCUUUCAUUGAUCUUUGUUCUCUUAUUUCUGGUAGGUGAAAUGAAUAAUCCAUACCGUAAACAUGUUUGAUGGGAGAUGAAUCAGUAAACAUUUAGGUGUAUAUUGUUAUCUUAUUGUCUUGUAAACAAAAGCACUUUCUUUUUUGGAAGUAAUUUAAGUUAUUGUAGACAAAUAUAAUCUUACACUAUUUAAUUGAGCACUGUUUUGAUUUUAAUUUUCUACUCUGCAUGACAAAUUAAACAAUGUAAGAAGAAAACAUUUCGAAGUAUCAAACUUCUACAUGGGAAGGGUGAAUUCAUCAAAAAGGAAAAAAAAUCAACAUAGAAAAUUAGUUAUCAAGAGGAUUUCCAAACAAACGUGGCUCAUUUUCUACAAUAACCAAGUUCUGUGAUUAACUGCCACUUUUUAAAAACUCAAUUUCACAUGUCAUAUUGAUUUUCGUCCAAAUUUCAAUGUUUUAUAAUUAUUGUGUGUGAUGGAGAUGUUCUCAAUAUAUCAAGCAAGAAAAAUAGUAUAAUUAAACAAAAAAUAGACAUUCUUUAAGAUUCUGACAUUAUAUUACACAUGCUUUA